AUGCAAGGCAACUCUAAUGGUCUGACAGAUUAUCAAGCACAAGCAAGUUUCCCUCAAUUCUCCAGUAAUACAAAUGUUAACAGCUCUUAUGGGAACCUUCCUGGUCUCAACACAUCAUUCCCCAACAGCUCCACGCAUGGCAGCACCAUGAACAUCACCACCUACAAUACUUCCAAUGGACAGCAGUUGGCCUAUGGCAGCAUAUCAUCCAAUUCCUCAUCAUCGUUUGUCAUGCCAUAUGACCCACCUUCCAUACAGCAAAGCUCAACUUCAGUGCAAGUAGCAGCUGCCCAGCCUCAACAUCUAACCUCUAAUAAAGCCAUUCAUUCCUGUAAUUAUUGUGGACUUGUCCUGUCAUCCGCCAAUGCACUCAUGGAACACAAGAGGAUUCACACCGGUGAUAGACCAUUCUCCUGUCAUAUUUGUAAUAAGAGGUUUACACAAAAGGCUCAUCUGAAUAUACACAAGCGAACCCAUACUGGAGAGAAGCCAUACGCAUGUCAUAUUUGUCACAAAAGAUUUGCUCAAUCAUCUCACCUCAGUAGCCACAAACGCAUUCAUACAGGUACUAAAAAAAUUCUAAGAAGAUAA